GAGGGCCUAGAAGGAAGGAGACCUGAGAGACGUAAUUGGAAAAAUCCUCCAGUACAGUAGCAGAGCGAACUCCAUUUCGAGGUCAGCCUCGCGACAAGCUGAAAGAAGCCGAGACCUUCAAAGUAAUGUUAGAUAGGUGAAUCUAUUUGUAGAGCAGUAUCUUCCGCGUACCGGUCUGUUUUAUGGAGGCGCUCUUCUAAUUCGUGGCUUCCGAAAUCUCUUGUCCGCUUCUGGUGGUUUGCAUGCUGUGCUAGCUGCGACCCCGCGUCAUCGUAAACGAGGAAUAGCCCAAGAAGGGCAAGAUAAUCAUUGCCAUCCCGUCUUCUGAUAAUUGGGUUGGGUCAAAUGCACAGGAUUCUCUGUCCGACCAGUAGUCUGCCAGUACUGGAAGGGCGCUGAUAGCAGAGCUGCAGGCAGUUACGCCGAUUUCGGCAACAUUGGUGUCGACAUCAGUUUGAUGAUUGCGUUUCGGGGAAAAUGAAUCGUCGCUACAGUUGGACAAGUUACUCGGAGGAUGAAUCGGAUGUCCAGCGAGAACCCGACUGGCAAGAGGUCAAGUUUCCCCUGAAGUUCCCGCAGGAUGCAGUUGAGCAGUACGACCGCCUUGAAUGGAGCGUCGAGGUAACCACUCCAGACCAGGAGAUCAUACCUGGCGUGGCGAGACCGCGCAACGAGCAGGUCAACAUCAAAUUCCAGCCGUUCCAGGAAGGUGUUCACCAGGUGCAGGUACUGGCGAACGGGCGGCCGUUCUGUCCUGCCCUGUACUUCAACGUACUCGACGAUGGCACUGUCCGGCGCAUUGCUGCACCUCCUGGUGCCAACGACGACUUAUCCAGACCACCGCAGCAGCAGCAACAACAGCGAAAUCGUCAGUUGAAAAAGAAACGCGAUCGUCCCAGUAAAACAGGUAGUGCCUACAGCGACGAAGACGAAGAUAUUCCCAGUGUGGGGGCCGAUGGGAGAAAGCUGUCGAGCGGGCCUCGUCGUCAGGUGGACAAGAACCGUCAACAGGAGCAAAGAUUGAGAAAACAAUCGGGGGAAGACGGUCGGGGAAAUCGGCACAAUGGAGCUGGAUACCACAGUGGGUAUCAACCUUCAGAAUCGGAUCAAUACGAAGCCAGAGGGCAGCGAAGAGGACCAUCGGUUGAGCGUGCCAAUCACACUAGACACAGGAGCUCAUCUCGCCAACGCAGUGAAGAACCUCCAAUGCAUCGAACCAGUGUAUCGCACACGCAAUCGCCCACCGGUAGCAACUCGGCGAGAGCCGGUCAUCAUCGACGCAGCGUAAGUCAGUCCUCGUACGAUCGCAGUGACAUACUGGUUGCAUCUCCUGGUAGUGGUGGUGGUGGUGGUCGAGAGAGUGGCAGGAUCAGCCGGACCAGUAGCAACGGUCGACACAGCACCUCUGGACGUCCUGGUCUUCAACGCCGCAGCAGCAGCCUCAGUCGGUAUGGCUCGGACCAGGACGCAGGACGGCCAGUCAUGCGCAAAGCGUCCUCGGCAUCACGUCAGUACAAGUCGGACACCGAGUCGAUUCUCAGCAGGCAGAACAGCUUCAACCAGACGCACCGUUCGUCAUCGCGUGCAAGCAGUACUCACCGUCGUCAAUCAAGACCAUCAUCAGCUCACUACUCAUCCAAUGAUGAGUAUGCCUCUGGGUUCAGAGAGAACUCAGGAAGACGUCGCAGUCGCACCACAUCAGACCUGCAUGAUGCUCAUCGUACCCGUAGUCCUCCUCCCGCUGCUGCUACUACCGCUAAGAAGAUUGCUACAAAGUACAAAUCGACCAGUAAUAUCAGGCAAGGCCCCAGAGUGUCAGCGUUCGCAUUUGGAGCCAUGCCAGCCCAGACAGGACCGACAGGAGCAUACCCGCCACCGCUGGGCAUGAAGAAGAGCAACUCACAAGAUCACGGCACAGGACUCGCUGCAAAAUCCACCGCUGUCGAAGCAGACUUUGAAGUCAUAAGCUCCCCCAAUGGCGAAGAGUCGUACAUCCUGAAAGGUCAACGAAUGCUCUCCGUCCGUAAACUGGGCCGGUCAGCCAAGGGCGACGAGCUGGUCCAAGCCGACAGUGGUGAGAUCUUCUUGAUUCGGCAUGGCCGCGCCGUCCCCAUGCAGCAGGGCUUUGCCGCAGUGGCAGAUACGCCGCCGUCAUCAACCAAUCGAGCGCAGAUGGUACCGCUAGGGAAGAAGAUGUCGGUGAUGAGUUUGAGCUCAGCCAUCGUCCCGGCCGACACUGCUAGCCAGCCGGCACUAGUGCAAACUGAUGGCAAACCAAGAUGUUCUGUAUGCAACAAGAAAGUGACAAGUGCUAAGCAGCGUGCAGUUCUUCAAGGCUAUGGUUUCUACUGCCAUAAGCACUUCAAGGAGCUUUUCUUCCACAAACCGGCUGACUCUCAUAAAAAGUUUCUCUUUGUGGACUUGACGCAUAUCCCAUCACCUGGCAACAUGCUGCAUCCACGUGCCAAUUUUACAGCGCUGUCCUUCAAGCAGUUUCUGAGAGCACAACAGGAGUUCAACAAGUAUGACACAACACAGCAAGGAGUAAUUCCAAAAGACAUGACCUACCCAAUCCUGCAGCAACUCUUGCUGAAGAACGGUUUGAAGGAGAAGAAGCUGAGGGACUACUUCAGCGGUCCACACUAUCCUAAACUGCUCAUGGACCUGCAAGUAGUGGAUGAGACCACCAUUAACGAACUCCAGUUCCUGAACCUGCUAGCUAUGGUGACAAGGGAGCUUACGCGCAAAUGGCUGCAGAAGGUCAGAGUUCAGAAGGCGCCCAAGAUGACCAAGGCCUGGAGCAUGACGGCCCUGGACGGCUCUCAGAUGCCUGCUCCGCCAACGGAAGACUUCACAUCGCAGAGUAUGGUUGGCAUAGGACAAAACACUUCCGUUUCGAAAGCCGGCAUGCCACGCUAUGACUCACGCGUGCACCAAGCAAAGCCAAGGCAUGUCUCCACGUCCAACAUCGGACAACAGGCCUACAAGCCGCUCAAGAUGGCUGAGACGGCACCGAAGAAGAAGAGACGUCACACCGAGAGCGGCUUUCAGGCGGCAGCUCAUCCCGCACAGCAACAGCAGUAUAGCCGCCAUGUGCAGCAGCCCUGGGAAGAAGAGGAUGAUUAUGAUGAGUAUGGCGAAGAUGACGGCGAGGUCUUCCAGCAAAGGCAAUCAUCCCAGAGGCGAUCUAGUCAGCAAAGAGGAGGAGGGCGAGGUGAGCAAGAGCUCAGCCGGCACUCAUCCGCUGCUGAAUCACGUAGAGAUAGAUACAAUGGACGAGGUGAACCCGAGGGACGCUCCCACGAUGACGUGUCAAUGGCCAGCUCGAGAGCCGGCCAGAGAAAGGCGACCGCCGGUACUAAAGCUACCAGUGCCACCAGGGGACACUCACAGGGAUAUACACACAUACCGACUGCAGCACAGCAACAGCAACAGCAACGCAGACCUUCAAGAGCUCCGAAAACACGAGAGGAAGCGCUGACCGCUCGCCAGCAGCUGCAGGAGAUUUUGCGAAAGGAAGGCGCAGCAGUAUCCACGUCUGACAAUGAAGUGAGCAAUGAUGAAGAGGAGAAUCAUCAUGAUGACCAAGGCAGCACCAGCAUUCCAGCAUUGCGUGCUCCCGAUCAACCUGCCCAGGCUGUUGCAGUACCUACGGCUGGCGAUGCUCCUGUGGAGAGCAGUGCAGAUGAAGACGACGAGGAAGACGAGCUCAGUGACAGUGAGGAGGAGGACUCCGAGCAGCUGCUGGAGGAAGGUGAUGAGGACGAAGUCACCAACAGUGAAAGAGAGGUCGAGGAUAUGUUGAUCAGUGGCAACAGCGUCGCCGAUGCCUGGAUGUUGUACUAACAUCGAUCACGCUAUAUUAUCAGAUGCUUACAAGGAAAGAGUGGCUGAAAUUCGUCAUCCCAAAGUUGAACAACACCCGACGAUGGAAAUAAUAAUAAGCCAGCAAUUCCGCUUGCAGCCCUCAACGGCUGAAUUGAAUCGGUGGAUGUCCAUCAAUGACCUGUACUGUGGGGCGGUGCACCCAGUUCCUACUUCAAAGUAGACGUUGCAGCUAGAGCAUACAAUGGCAUCGGCAUCAGAUAUCUGAAUUUCUUAGUCUUUUGACAUAAUAGAGACUUAUCGAAAAUAGUGGACAGCAUUCUUGCAUGCGUGUCUGCAUGACCAAUUCACAAUAAUUUAUCACCAUAGCGCUUCUAUACUACAAGCGCAUGUUUUUUUUAAUUUGGCUCAAAACUACACCUUUUCUAACUACAGUACAUUUACUUUCAUUGCAGCACUGUAAACUAACAGGUUGCACCACA